AUGGGGGAGAUGAGCAGAGAUGAGGUGGAGAGAUUCCUGGAGAACAACCCCCAGUUCGCCAGAGAGUUCUUCGACAAGAAAAUGCGGACGGAGGUCCUGCGAGACCUUUUCCGGGGCAACGUGGGGCCUGUGAAGGACAGCGUCUCCUUUAGGGAGAUGACCCAGCUGGAGGAGUCGUCCCUGCUCUUUGAGAUUCUCCUGGACAUGCAGGAUGAGGCAAUCACCAUGGAGAUGGUGGUCCACAGAGUCCUGAGGAGACUGGCCCAGCUGUUGAGCGCCGACCGCUGCAGCCUGUUCAUCUUCCGCUCCCGGAAUGGCAUCCCCGAAGUGGCCACCCGGCUGCUCGACGUCACGCCCGCUUCCAAGUUCGAGGAGAAUCUGGUGGCCCCGGACAACGAGGUGGUCUUCCCUCUGGACAUCGGGAUCGUGGGCUGGGCGGCUCACACCAAGAAGUCCUUCAACGUUCCGGAUGUGACCAAGAACAACCAUUUCUCAGACUUUCUGGACAGACAAACCGGCUACACCACCAAGAACCUGCUGGCAACCCCGCUGGUGAUGGCCAAAGAAGUCCUGGCGGUCGCCGUGGCCGUAAACAAAACGGACGGCCUUGGGUUCUCGGAACAGGACCAAGAGGUGUUUACCAAGUACCUGAAUUUUGCAUCGCUCAGCCUGAAGCUGAACCACACCACCUACCUGUACAAUGUGGAGUCAAGGAGAAGCCAGGUCCUCUUGUGGUCUGCCAAUAAGGUGUUUGAGGAACUCACAGACAUCGAGCGCCAGUUCCACAAAGCCCUGUACACCAUCCGUGCGUACCUGAACUGCGAGCGGUAUUCCGUCGGCCUGCUGGACAUGACCAAGGACAAGGAGUUCUAUGACGAGUGGCCCAUCAAGCUGGGAGAAGUGGAGCCGUAUAAAGGGCCCAGGACCCCAGACGGACGGGAAAUCCUCUUUUAUAAGAUAAUUGAUUAUAUUUUACAUGGAAAAGAAGAAAUCAAAGUCAUCCCGAGCCCCCCCGCAGACCACUGGUCCCUGGUGAGCGGACUGCCGACGUACGUCGCUGAAAAUGGAUUUAUCUGCAACAUGAUGAAUGCCCCAGCGGACGAAUACUUUACGUUCCAGAAGGGACCUGUGGAUGAAACAGGCUGGGUCAUCAAAAAUGUCCUGUCCUUGCCGAUCGUCAACAAAAAAGAAGAGAUUGUGGGGGUCGCCACAUUCUACAACCGAAAGGACGCAAAGCCCUUCGAUGAGUACGACGAACAGAUCACCGAGACGCUGACCCAGUUUCUUGGCUGGUCGGUUUUGAACACUGACACCUACGACAAGAUGAAUAAGCUGGAAAACAGAAAGGAGAUCGCCCAGGAAAUGCUCAUGUACCAGACUAAGGCCACCGCCGAUGAGGUUAUGUCCAUACUGAAAUACAAAGAAAAACUGAACAAGGACACGAUAGAAGACUGUGAAGAGAAACAGCUCAUCAGAAUUCUGAAAGAGGAGCUGCCCGACCCAAAGGAGGUGGAGCUGUACGAAUUCCGCUUCAGUGACUUUCCCGUGACGGAGCACGAACUGAUCAAGUGCGGAAUCCGACUCUUCUUCGAGAUCAACGUUGUGGAGAAGUUCAAAGUGCCAGUGGAGGUUCUCACCAGGUGGAUGUACACGGUGAGAAAAGGCUACCGCAGCAUCACCUAUCACAACUGGAGACACGGCUUCAACGUGGGUCAGACCAUGUUCACCCUGCUCAUGACGGGCAGACUCAAGAAGUACUACACCGACCUGGAAGCCUUCGCCAUGGUGGCCGCGGCUUUCUGCCACGACAUCGACCACCGGGGCACCAACAACCUGUACCAGAUGAAAUCGGCUGCCCCCUUAGCGAGGCUCCACGGAUCCUCCAUCAUGGAACGACACCACCUGGAGUACAGCAAGACUCUGCUACAGGAUGAGAGCCUGAACAUCUUCCAGAACCUCAACAAGCGCCAGUUUGAAACCGUGAUUCAUUUAUUUGAAGUGGCCAUCAUAGCUACAGACCUGGCUUUGUAUUUCAAGAAGAGAACCAUGUUCCAGAAGAUCGUGGAUGCCUGCGAGAAGCUCGACACCGAGGAAGAGGCAAUCAAAUACAUAUCGAUCGAUCCAACCAAAAAGGAAGUUAUAAUGGCGAUGAUGAUGACUGGGUGUGAUCUGUCGGCCAUCACGAAGCCAUGGGAGGUUCAGAGCCAGGUGGCCCUCAUGGUGGCUAACGAGUUCUGGGAGCAGGGAGACCUGGAGCGGACGGUGCUCCAGCAGCAGCCCAUCCCCAUGAUGGACAGAAACAAAGGAGAUGAACUCCCGAAGCUUCAGGUUGGAUUCAUUGACUUUGUGUGCACCUUCGUCUACAAGGAAUUCUCCAGGUUCCACAAGGAAAUCACGCCCAUGCUGGACGGGCUGCAGAAUAACAGGGUGGAGUGGAAAUCACGGGCGGACGAGUACGAUGCCAAGAUGAAGGUGUUGGAAGAAGAAAAGAAAAAGCAGGAGGAGGAAGCAGCCAAAAAAGGUGGAAAGGGUCGAAAAUAA